AUGGCAACCCGGCUGCCCAUCCUGUGCCUCCUGCUAGGAAUGUGGGCCAUCCCGGACCAUGGAGGAGCCACCCAGAUCCAUGGAGGUGAGAUUGGGAGCAGCCCUUUGGGAAUGCCUCCACAGCUCCGUGAGCAUGAAUCCAUCCUGAGACUCACCAGAGGCGGCUGCCGCUGCACUGGGAUACUGGAGGUGAAGAGGGAAAACCAAUGGAGGCCGAUUUGCUGGGAGAGCGUGAGCGUGGGAGACCUGGAGUGGAUCUGCCAGCAGCUGGAGUGUGGUCCCCCGACCUCUGAGCCCUUGAAGCUCAUGAUUCCCGGUGGGAAAGGGCCACAGAGUCAGGCCAGGAGGUGCAGUUCCCCGCUCGAGUGCCAAUGGGAGCUGGAAAACUGCACGGAGCACGUCAUUGUUGCCUGUGGAGAGCCAGUGAAAACCACUCCCAAGCCCCCACCGGCACCCCCAACCACCACCCCGGAGCCCACGGGACCCCCCAGGCUGCGGCUGGUGGACGGGAAUUUCAGCUGCUCCGGCUUCCUGGAGCUGCACAAGCAGGGGCUGUGGGGGGCCGUGGCGAGCAUUCCACACUCCUGGACACAUCUGGUCACCCUCAUCUGCCAGGAAUUGCGCUGUGGCACUGCUGGGAGCAGCCACGGCGAGCCGGACCCAGGGAUCCACCUGCCGGUGCGGUGGGAGGCGGUGGAAUCCUGCGGGAGCCGUUCCCUGCUGGACUGCUUCAACAGGAGCAGCUCCCGGGGGAAGAGGCCCGCCUUCAUCACCUGCUCAGAUUCCCAGCCGCGGGCCCUGCGGAGGCUGGCAGCCGGCCCCACGCCGUGCGAAGGGGACAUCCAGGUGUUCCAUGCGGGACAGUGGUGGGAUCUGUGUGAAUCCAGAGCAGCACAGCGAGACAGGCAUGGCCAGCAGAUCUGCCGGGAGCUGGGCUGUGGGAAUCUCACCUCCAGCAUGGAAAUCCGGGAGCCUCCCUCGAUGGGAGUCACCUGUGGGAUUGAACCCCUGCACCUCUGCCAGCCCAAACCUGGGAAUAUCCGGAGCUGCUCCCGGACCAGAGUUGUGUGCCAGGACUCAAAGCCGCUUCCCACGGGAACAUCUGCUGGAACCGUCGUGAGCAUCUGCCUGGCCCUGCUGCUUUUCCUCAUCCUUUCCCUGAUCUGUGGCCCUCCUGCCUAUCGGAAGCUGAUGAAGAGAAUUUCCAAGAAGAAGCAGCGCCAGUGGAUCGGCCCCACGGGACUCAACCAGACGGUGUCUUUCCACCGCUCCAGCACCGCUCCGAGGCCUCGGGGACAGGGAGGGGACAAUGACUACGCUCAGGCCCCCAAAAAGAGCUCCCAGCUCUCCGCUUACCCAGCUCUGGAAGCAGCAUGCCGGCGUUCCAACCCUCCGGAUAACUCCUCAGACAGUGACUAUGACCUGCACUCUGCCCGCAGAGUGUGAUUCCCUGCUUCCCAAAGGAGCUGAUCCCACCUCUCACCUCAGCCUUGGGGGCAUCCCAGCAUUCCAGCACCUUUCCAGGAGCACUUCCCAGCCUCCUUAUGGGAGAAAAGGAGGUUUUUGUUUGGGUUUUUUUUUAAGCUAUUUAUAGGAAUUUAAGAGGUAGGGAGUGCAAGGAGCCCUUUGGAAUAGUGGGAUCACCAGCUUCU